CCCUCCCUCUAAAAGCACUCUGUGUGGGGAACAUGAGAGCCAGACCAAAGCUCAGAGGAACCCACCUGGACCUCCACCCAGCUCUGUGUCCUUACAGAGUGACACGUCUGAAGAUCGCGUCAUUGAAUUUAAAGUCCAGCCUGUGUCUCCUGCAGAGAGAGUGGACCAGGAGAGCUCAGAGCUUCCCAGUGGUCAGGCUGCCCAGCAGCAUCAAACACAGCUGGACUCCAUAUUUAUGGUCUUGGAAGACAAAAUGAUCACUUUUGUAAAAGAAGAACUUAAAAAGAUACAGAAGGUUCUGAAUCCAGAUUAUGCAGAAUGCUCACAGAGUCAGAGGGAGAAAAACCAGGCAUUCAAGGGAACCUUAAUUAGGAACGCUGAGUGGACUAAGCAUAAACUUAAAUCUACUUUGAAGGAGAAGUUCCAGUGUGUGUUUGAGGGGAUCGCUAAAGCAGGAAACCCAACCCUUCUGAAUCAGAUCUACACAGAGCUCUACAUCACAGAGGGAGAGACUGCAGAGGUCAAUAAUGAACAUGAGGUCAGACAGAUUGAAACAGCAUCUAAGAAGCUAGACAAUUUGGAGUCUACAAUCAGACAUGAAGACAUCUUUAAAGGCUCACAUGAAAAAGAUGAACCAAUCAGAACAGUGCUGACAAAGGGAGUGGCUGGCAUUGGGAAAACAGUCUUAACACAGAAAUACAGCCUGGACUGGGCUGAAGACAAAGCCAACCAGGACAUCCAGUUCAUAUUUCCAUUCACUUUCAGAGAGCUGAAUGUGCUGAAAGAGGAAAAGUUCAGCUUGGUGGAACUUGUUCAUCACUUCUUUAAAGAAACCAAAGAAGCAGGAAUCCGCAGCUUUGAAGACUUCCAGGUUGUGUUCAUCUUUGAUGGUCUGGAUGAGUGUCGACUUCCUCUGGACUUCCACAAAACUACAAUCCUAACUGACCCUAGAAAGUCCACCUCAGUGGAUGAGCUGCUGAUAAAUCUCAUCAGAGGGAACCUGCUUCCCUCUGCUCGCCUCUGGAUAACCACACGACCUGCAGCGGCCAAUCAGAUCCCUCCUGGAUGUUUUGACAUGGUGACAGAGGUCAGAGGGUUCACUGACCCACAGAAGGAGGAGUACUUCAGGAAGAGAUUUAGGGAUAAAAAGCAAGCCCACAGAAUCCUCUCCCACAUCAAGACAUCACGAAGCCUCCACAUCAUGUGCCACAUCCCAGUCUUCUGCUGGAUCACUGCUACAGUUCUGGAGGAUGUGCUGAAAACCAGAGAGGGAGGACAGCACUUGGUGGCUGUAACCUCUCAGAGAGAAGCUGUGAAGCUCUGUCCUCUGUUCUCAGCUCACAGUCCUCUAAUCUGA